AUGGUCUCGUGUGUGGACACAACUGUAUUUAUAAUUAAGACAUUGUUUCACACAAUUCUUAUAUAUCUGUUCUUUGCUUUUGGUCCCAUCCUUCUGGACAUUGAGCCAACAAAAUAUAAUUUAACACUACCGCAAACAUUUGACGGUCCUCUCACUGCUAAUAACAAGCUUUCACAGGCGGAUCACUUGUUUGUCAAUGAAAUUAUAGGUCCCGAGUCGUUGGCCGUAUGGAAAGGUGAUGUAUAUACUGGUGUAUCCGACGGCCGUAUAAUUCGUAUUCGUAAAGAUCACUACAAAACUAUCGCACAAUUUGGUGAUCCACUGAAAUGUGUGAAUCCAUGGGAAAUGGAGAGAUGUGGUCGACCACUCGGUAUGAGAUUUGAUUCAAAGGGGCUUUUAUAUGUUGCCGAUGCUUACUAUGGCAUUCAUACGGUAAAUGUUACGUCAGGUAAAGUGAAACGGAUAUUGACAUCUAAAAGACCUAUAGAUAAUAUAAGACCACUAUUUGUGGACGACCUGGUCAUCAGUGAAGAGGAACAGGCGAUCUACUUCACUGAUGCCAGUAAUAAAUGGGAUCUCAAAAAUGUUUUUUAUACGGUUGGCGAACACGAUGAGACCGGAAGAGUAAUCAGAUUUGAUUUAAAGUCUAAGAAUUCAACUGUUAUUAUGAAAUCAUUGGGGUUUCCAAAUGGUAUUGAAUUGAGUGACGACAGGACAACCCUUUAUGUCUGUGAGUUUAAUAACAGAAGAAUUAUGAAACACUUUGUGGACGGAGACAGAAGGGGACAAACAGAUGUCUUUGCUCUUAAUCUUCCCGGAGAACCAGAUAAUAUACGACGAAGCAGUGAUCCUUUUCGUGAGACCUAUUGGGUUGCACUUGCAAUGGGAAGAAAUGAGAAGAACCCUUCCUUUGCAAUGGAUAUGUUGAGCAAUUGGCCGAAAACACGUAAAGCAUUGCUUAGAGUCAUGCAUACCGUGGGGACAGUUGUUGAAUACUUUGGUAAAUUGAUUUAUUUUCGACCUUUGAUUGAAUUGGGAUUUAAGACAAAAAGCGGUUCAAUUAUAUUUCAUACAAUCACUAAUUAUGGAAUGGCUGUUGAGUUGGAUACCGACGGAAAUAUCAUACAAUCUUUACACUCACCCGAUGGCAGAACAACACUUUUGUCAGAAGUCAGGGAAGUGGUUGUUGGCGAUCAAAAGGUGUUGUAUUUGGGAUCGUAUGGUAACAACUAUAUCGGAAAAGUUAGUUUAGGACAACUGACAAAAAUCAAUCGCCCGCUUCUGACACACGAAAAGAAAAAAUUUAUUGAUUUGCAAAAGAAAAAUUUUGCUAAAAGAUCGACUGAUCCUAAACCUUAUAAACCAUACAAAGCAUUUGAUCUGCAAAAUCCUGAUUUUGGUCAACACCAGCAACAGCAACAACAAUACGACCAAUCAGACUAUCGAUUUGAUCCCGAUUUCCAAAAGGCUAUGAAAAUGCGUCAAAUGUCUAAAAAUAAAUCAAAAUCUAAGGUUAAAUCUAAAUCUAAAUCUAAGACUAAAGCUAAAGCUAACUCUAAGACUAAAUCUACAUCUAAAUCAAAAACUACAAAAACUAUUACUAAAUCAAAAACAUAA